GGACUAUAUAUGCAGGAGUUCAUGAAGGUGGUCUCAGAUUCUGGUAUACAAGAAGUGGAUCAAGAACUUUAGAUAUUUUUUUCUAUUAGUAAGGACUGUAGCAACAAAUUUGCCGCCCUGGAGCUGUUAGACAGGAUGACCACAGGCCACGGAGAGUGCCCCGGGAAGGCCAGUCCGUACCGGGUGGACCAUCUCCUCAGCGCCGUGGAGAGUGAGCUCCAGGCCGGCAGCGAGAAGGGAGACCCCACGGAGAGGGAGCUCAAAGUGUCGCUGGAUGAGAGCGAACUCUGGCUGAAAUUUAAGGACCUCACUAAUGAAAUGAUUGUUACGAAGAACGGCAGGCGUAUGUUCCCGGUGCUGAAAGUGAAUGUGUCCGGAUUGGACCCAAAUGCCAUGUACUCCUUCCUGCUGGAUUUCGUCUCAGCAGACAAUCACAGGUGGAAAUACGUGAACGGGGAGUGGGUCCCCGGUGGAAAACCUGAACCUCAGACCCCCAGCUGUGUUUAUAUCCAUCCAGACUCUCCAAACUUUGGGGCCCACUGGAUGAAAGCUCCAGUCUCCUUCAGUAAAGUCAAACUCACCAACAAACUCAAUGGAGGAGGUCAGAUCAUGUUAAACUCCUUACACAAGUACGAGCCUCGUAUCCACAUUGUGCGGGUUGGCGGCCCGAGGAGGAUGAUCACCAGCCACUCUUUCCCAGAGACACAGUUCAUCGCAGUAACAGCGUAUCAGAAUGAAGAGAUAACUGCUCUUAAGAUAAAGUACAACCCGUUUGCAAAGGCCUUUUUGGAUGCAAAGGAGAGAAGUGACAGCAAAGACAUGAGAGAAGAUACAAAUGAAAACCAGCAGUCAACCUACUCUCAGUGUGGCUGGUUUCUUCCAGGCUCAGGCUCCCUCUGCCCUCCUGCCAGCCCUCACAGCCAGUUUGGGAGCCCCCUCUCCCUCUCUCCGCCCCACGGCUGCGAGCGCUACUCCUCCCUGAGGAACCACCGGUCUGCCCCCUACACCAGCCCCUACACCCAUCGAACCACCUCGCCCAUUGGCUACUCUGAUAACUCGUCAGCCUGUCUGUCGAUGCUCUCGAGCCACGAUAACUGGUCCGGUCUACAGAUGCCGACACACUCCAGCAUGAUGCCAAUGACCCACAAUCCAACUGCUGGUACCAACUCCAGUCAGUACACCAGCCUGUGGUCUGUGAGUAACUCACCGCUGACUCCCGUAUCGCAGAACGGAGGGUUAAACAACAGCCUGAGCUCCCAGUUCCUACGAGGAUCCAGCAGCCACUACCCUAACCUGUCCCAUCCAGCCACAGCGCCCUCCUCUGGCUCACCCAUGUAUGACGGCAGCUCGGCCACAGAGGUGCAUGACACAGCUCAGUAUGACACGUCCCCACACGGACGACUACUGUCAGCCUGGACUCCUGUGACCCCACCCUCCCUCUGAUGGAAAUGUGACUUAUAAAUUACAUUUAAAAUUGAGUUAAAAGAACAAAUAAAGCUUUAUUUCUCUAGAAACCAGAUUUUAUCAGCAGAAACUUGGUGCUGGAAGUUGAUCUGAAUCCAAAGAAAGUUUGACUUCCUCAACUUUAAAGACUGCUCUCUGUGUUUGGAAAGGCAACAAACAUAUUUUAAAAAUAUUCUUGUUCAUUUCUUCAACUGCUAUCAAUCUUUUUUGUUAUACAUAUUG